AUUUCCGCUAGAUCGUUUCGUUCCGAGGAAGACUCCGGGCCGGGCGUUGUUUUCAGAUGUGUGACGGUUGAACUGAAAUUUUGAAUUCGCGUAACCAGGACGAAGGUGACGUCGUCCCGGCGGCGAGCCGGACUCCGCACCCCGUCGCCAUGUCUGCAGAACUGGACCUGUCUCCUCCGGAGGUCCCCGAGCCGACCUUCCUGGAGAGCCUGCUGCGCUACGGCCUCUUCCUGGGGGCCAUCUUCCAGCUCGUCUGCAUCCUGGCUGUCAUCAUACCCUCCUCCAAGGGACACGAACAGGAGGAGACGGAGUCCACCGACGUGAAGGCCGCCGAGCAGAUGAAGAAAGCUAAAGGAGCCACCCCUCAGAUUCGCCAGAAACUGAAGAAAGAGAGCAAGAAGAAGCGAUAGGCCUGCACGGAGUUCAUGCUCAUCACACGUGUCCGCUGUUGUCAUUCCGUUGCCAUCGCUGCGGUUAUGGAAAGCAGUAACGCUGCAGUCCUGAUAUCGACUGGAGAUGAUGUAGAUCAUUUCAAGAUGCACCAGAAGGACCCUGAGGGUUGCAGUCCCUCUCACACUCAAGGAGACACAAGUACGAACUCCCUGUCACCAGUCUUGGCUGCUUUUGUGCAUGUACAGUUUCCCCGGACCAGUUUACUCCUGCGGGUGGGUGUGUCAGUAUUCACUGUUUCCUCAGUAUGAAACUGCAAAAUAAAUAUGUGGGCGUCUCCA